AUUGCUAGUGAGAUGUGCAGGCCUGCAUGCAUCACUGCGCAUAUUUUGUCUUGUCAAUAAAGUGUGCAAUAAACGGUGACAUUGAAACGUGUCUAUCGCGUUUGCUUUGCUGAACAUUACAGUAUUUUUACAAUUUAAACCUGAUUAUUUUAAAAAUGAUAUCUUGCACGUUUUUCUGGACACUGGUUCUAUUUGGAAGACAAGGAUAUAGUCAAGCUCAAGACAAUUUUCUGUCGGUGGACUUUAGCAUACUGUCUGCCGAUAAUACGUCUCAACCGGUUUCUGCAGUGAAAAUCGACACAACAAGCACGGAUCGCCUAAAUGUUCUCUGCAACGUCUCAGCUAUUCCUGAUUUUAAGCAAUUCAUCAUAUUAAGUAUCAACACAAUAAAUCAGAACGGAGUUAUUCAAAGACUAGCCUAUAUGUCAGGUCUGAGCCCAACUGGAGCCAAACCACUAUCUGAUUCGGAUAUUACACCUAUUGGUAACUUUCAUGAGACAAAACCAACAUUAGGAAUAUCGCUAAAAGUUUCAAAUUUAUCAUGUGAGGAUACCACAAAGUACAAAUGCUCUCUGGCUUAUGUAAACAACGACUAUAAGCCUGAAGACAUUUCUGCAAUCAGAAGUCUAACAGUAUCAGCACCACCGUCAAAUCUGACAAUGAUGGCUAUCAACGAAUCUUCCAGUUUGCCAAUUACAGACGUUGGAUUCACUUCAGCCAAUCCGGCUGCGUUCAUGGUUGGUCAAUCAGUAAAUCUGACAUGCAUUGCAAGACUUGGGACGCACAAAGAUAGCACUAUCAAGUGGAACAAAAACAGUGUGGCUAUUGGUAACGAGUCGGAGUACAUCGAGAGCGAAGCAGACCUGGUCAAAGCGUGCGACUAUGAAAAAACGGGCAGUCUGUUCUACAACAUUACGGAAGAAGACGCGAUGUUAACGUCAAAUAACCGUCUUGAGUUGCAGUGCUUUGUAUUUGUAGCGGAUGUGUCUUUUGAAACACCGGCAGAUGCAAGACAAACCUUCUAUAUUGAUGUUUACAAUCCAAAAGCCACUACUACUACUAGAAUAGCGACGACAACAACAAAAACUACAACUAGACAAUAUAUCAUAACAACAACAGCCUCCAUGGGAAAUGCAACGAGGAAUGGGGAUGUUUCUUCGUCGUCAAAUGAUCAAAAUCGUCUAUGCAAUCACUGGCGGUGUCAUUCGGAGUGAUGUUCAUACGGUACCAGCAGAACCAAAUGUGACAAACAUCGUCAACCUGGUCAUUUUAAGGCCUUUGGAAAGCGUACUCAUAUUAUGUGGAUUUGUAGAUAAAAUAAUCGAGUUCAACUUAGUAUCGAAUCCGUGUCAGCUUCGCGGACACAAUACAAUUUAAUCACAGCCUAGCAUAAUGUACUUUCGUUUUAACUACUAAACACCCAUAUCAUCUUUUCAUUAGUACAGGUCUGAAACACUUGUCUAUUCUGCUUUGCUUUUUUAAGGAUGUAAACAUCUACUUUGAUUGUUGAAGGAUGUAAACAAUAGAUUUAUUGAUAUGUUAUACCUGUUUGAAUAUGUAUAUUGCAAUUGUAUUGUUGUAACUUUGUAAAUAACCUACUUCCUGCUACAUUUUUAUGGACAGAUUAAUUUUUCUAACAUUUUAAGGAAGAAUAGCCCACUGAUAAGCAUUCAUUUUUUUGCUUUGCUAUACAUGCUUUUGACGCGUAACACUUACUUUCAAAUGCUAAGGAAACUUGUUUUAUCUAAAUAUAUGUUUAUUAAUUACUAUUAAAUGCUUUAUAACAUUGUUAUGCUAUUUGAAACAACGAAUGGAACACGAUACUUUUUUGAGUAUAAUUCAUUUAGUCAUGCUUAAUUGCAGCAUUUUGUUCACAAUACACUUACAGUUAAACGAAUGUGGAUUAUUAUUGAACUUUCUGUUUAGACUGAGAUCAUUUAUCAAGUGAUCUCUCAAAAUACUUUGUAAAUAGUCAACAGAAGUUGUUUGUUCAUUCGUAUUCUUCAAUCAAUAAAGUCAUUCAACUUUACAAUGACGAUAUACACGUAUAAGUCGAAGCAUAGCAGUGUUUUUAUAUCUGAAAAUAUUUUGUUCAUUAAUUAUAUUUCAAUCAUCACCAGCAGACUGUUUUGAUUGUUUUGACAAGAAUACUUCGGUGUAAAUUUUUGAUUGAGUCUGUCGGAUUAUUGGAUUGUAAUCUUUUCUUCUUUAAUGAAAGUGGUGAUAGUUUUUGAGAAUUAUUCUUAAAUAUUUAUUUCCAUAAUAAAAAUGGGAAAUACAAAUUAGAAUAUUCAGCAACUAUUAAAUAUCAAUAUGUGAGCUGAUUACGCGUUUCAUCGCUGGGUUUGCAAUUACGACUGGUAGUCAUAGUCGGGGCCAGUCAUUUCUUUGCGCGGAUAUUUUCACAUAGACAUCUUUUGCAAGCGCAUUUAUGUUCUAACCAAUAUAAAUAAUUAGCGACGUUGAAGGCCAUAUGAUGAUAUUAAUUAUGCACAUCUACGGAUCACAUGUAUACAGGACAUACACAUGUAAUACGUAUAUUGGUUGCUCUCAGUAGAUAACAUUUACAAAUAUAUAAUGAAUAUAAUCAUUAAAUGUCUGUGUAGCCUACAUGUAUGUUGAAUCAUGUUGCGGUAAAUGUUCAUAAUAAAAUAAACGUAAUAAUAUCACGUG